AGACCGUUGCGAGCGUUUCUGGCGCGCGGCCUGCCGGGAGAAAAUGGGCUAAGUGGGCGGCCGGGGAGGGCGGCGGGGCUGGACUGAGGCGCCGAGAAGGAAGGAAGGCGGAAGGGAGGGCGGAAGGGAGGAAGCGCGGGAUGGGGUCGCCCUGACGGGAGCCCCGAGCCACCCUCCCUCCCGGCUUGCAGCCGCCUCCGGCCCGGCCAUGCCCGGCCCAGCUGGCCCAGCAGCCCUGAGGUGCAAAGCAUUCUGCUUAGAUAGCUAAACAAUGGAACCGGAGAUUAUCCGAAUGUACUCUUCAUCCCCUCCACCACUAGAUAAUGGAGCUGAAGAGGAGGAAGAUGAUGAGUUUGGUGACUUCGGUGGAUUUUCAGGUGCUGGUGGCAGUACCAGUGUAGGUUUUGACUUUGGUUUGGAUUACUCCAAUUCAAAGGAGGAACAUGAAUCUCCAUAUAACGCUGAUUAUUCGAACAGUGUGGAUGGCAUUAUAGCCUUUACUCCUGCUAGAUAUAUUAAUGAUUCAGACAGCAUUACAGAACUUCAAAAUUCUAUUAAAGGACUUCCUGAUAGUGCUAGCAAAGAAAAAUGUGAAUGUCGAAGACUCGGCGCAUCCUUCAAUGAAUUAAACUCAGCAGAGGUAAACAGAACUGAGAGGUCAGAGGCACCACACUCUGAAAUUAUUAGGACUGAUCGGAAAGCUGCAAGGCAGGACCAACAAAUAGACAGCUAUUAUGGCAAGAGAUUGCUAUGUCCAGAAGUGCUAACAAAUGGGUUUGCAGCAUUGGAUGCAGCAAAUCCUCCAGGAGUUGAAGAUCUGGACAGUAUCAGUGACUCAAAGACAUUAAAAACCACUAGCACUCAUAGUAUUGACUUAAGUUUAGAUUCUGUGCCCAGCACGGUAGAGGAUUUUGCAGAUUUUGCUAAGUUUUCAAACAAGCAAGCAGCCCAGGUAGAAGAAACAGGAAAUAAAAUAUGCAAAAAUUCUAGUGAAAGAGAAGCACUAGGUGUGCAUGAAAGCAAUAUUAUAAAUAGCGCUGGACAGGGGGAAUCUAUGAAGGAAGUAGCUUCAGAUGGAAGCUGUGAACAUGAAGGGGAAACUUGCACUGAAAGUGAACUGGUUUGCAUUUCAACAACUAAUGUAGUGAUCCGUGAAGAUGUCAAGGGUGAGGAGGACUGUAGGACACUGGAAUGUGCUGAUGCUUUCUCUUCCAUGCAGACAAAUGUGAAUUCAGUAGGCACAACAGAAAGUAUUGAAGGAAGGGGAGAGGGUGACGCUGGAAAUAGCAAAGAACGUGACUUUUCUCAGACCAGUGAUACCGCAAGCCUGCUAAACCUUGAUGUAAGUAAUGUUCAAGAUCUUGGCUGUCUUCCUGCGGAGGAACACGUGCCCAUUUCUGAAAUAGUUAAAAAUGGCGAAAGUGAACUUGGCCAAGCAUCCCUUAGUGAUUUAAAUGAAGAUGAUUUUGGUGACUUUGGCACAGUAAGUAAUGGGUCUCCUGCAUUUGCUGAUGGUGUUCAAGUUUCUGUGAGCCAAGAAGAUCUCCAGACCCCUCUUGAGAAACAAAUCAAUAAGCCAAGUAAUGAAUGUGGGCCGUUCCUGGGUAGAAGUGAUAGUCAGCAAAUAGCCAUGGUAGCGCCUUUGGAAACAAGUGAUAUUUCUCGCUCUGGUUUGGAAGAAUGCCAGAGUGCUGGUCCAGGUUCUGGUAUCGAGAUGCCUCUGGCAGAAAUGGAAAAUGAAAACGAUCGUGAGUUUGGAGACUUUGAUUCAGUAACAAAACGGUGUCUAGAUGCUGAUGACUUUUCCGACUUCAGCUCUGCUGGUUGCAGCCAAGCUACAGAGUGGAACGCCUUUGAGUGUGAUCAAAAGGAGAGCUGUUCGUGGGCUGCUUUUGGAGAUGAGCAGAUUGUGGGAUCUCCUCAUGAGCAAGAUGUGUGGCCGGCACAUAGGACAGAUGCAACAGCUAGCUCUGAAGAUUCAGUGUUGCACAAGACAGACAGUAUUUCCAUAACAACUUUCCAUGGAAGUGGCAGCAGGCAACUGCAUGAAUUGCCAACUUCAGCUCAGACAAUGCUGUUAAGUCGUCUAGAACGAAUAUUUGAGGCCUGUUUUCCUACUGUACCUGUUUGUGAAAUAGAAGAAGAGAUUGUUCCUCUAAAUCUCUUACUGGAAGCUGGUAGUACUCCUGGAAGGCCAGCGGAGCCCUUGUCAGAAAGGGAACUGCUGGACGUGUGGGCGGAGCUUCAGGACAUUCAUGACGCGUAUGGACUGCGAUACCAGUGGGGUGGUUCUCACAGCAACAAAAAGCUGCUCUGCUCCUUAGGAAUCGACACGAGAAACAUACUCUUCACAGGCAACAAGAAGCAACCUUUUAUAGUGCCCAUGUAUGCAGCAGGAUUGGGUAUGUUAGAGCCUACUAAGGAACCUCUGAAACCAAUAUCUGCUGCAGAGAAAAUAGCUUCAAUAGGACAAACUCUCCCUGUAUCACCAGAGAUGAAUAUAUGUACAUCUGAUCAGUUCCAGGAAUCUCUACCACCUGUCCAGUUUGACUGGAGUACCAGUGGCCUUACUAACCCUUUAGAUGCUAGUGGAGGUUCCUCUCUCCUGAACCUCGAUUUCUUUGGGCCCGUGGAUGACAGUAGCUCUAGCGCCAGCACCACCAUCCCAGGUGUGGAUCCAGAGCUGUACGAAUUGACAACAUCCAAGCUGGAAGCAACCAAUGUGACCAAUAAAGUGACUGAUGCAUUUGCAAAGCUCAUGUCCACGGUAGAGAAAGCAAGCACAUCAGCCAGAAAGCCCAAAAAGGAAGAACGGCUCAGCGAAGAGGCCGCCCAGGUGAUUGCUAGCCUUCCUGACUUAACUUUCAUGCAUGCCAAGGUGUUGAUGUUCCCGGCCACAUUAACGCCUUCAGCAAGUUGCCAAGACCAGGUAGACUAAGCGAGGAGGGAAUCGGACCUUUCCCAUUGACCCCUGCCCCUUUUCUGGGUCCUCUCAAAGUGAUCUUUGCUUUCAUGAAAAAUUCAAGUUCAGAUGAUUUGUUGGUAAGCAGCACUAGAACGGUAUACAUAGAUACGUAUAUUUAUUUACAUACAGGAGCCCUAAAUUUAUAUUAGAAGAAAAAGUGUAAAUAACUGGGGAGGGUUGAAUCUUUUUUGAAGAUUUAUCCUUUUUUUGUGCUGGGGUGUAAACAUUUACGUCUUUGUGGAAUACACUGGUGGCGUCCUUCUUACAAAACUUUAUAAAUAUUUUAAAAAAUGCACACUUCCAGUAUCUGCUCUUUGUGAAAUUCCCCCUCAAAUGUUUUCUUUUCAGGAGUUCUGUUUUUCCCAUUUAUGAAAAUACUUUCCCUAAAUGAGCCGAAAAAGUUAGGGUCUUUCAGUGUUUUCAUUUGAUGCAGGCUGCACCUUCCCUUUUUGAUCCAUCUAAUAAGGCCCCCCCCCCAUUUUUUGUUGGGGUGGGGGUGGGUUUUUUUUUUAAAACUUCCUGACUUCUGGAACUAUGAGUUUAUCAUUUCCUUUCACAAGGUUUACUGUCCUCUUCAGUUAAGUUAUAGAGCACUGCCUAAUUACUUGAUUUUGGGGAUCUACGUGUUAAAUCUGUUUUGGUUUGGAAUGGAAGGACCAAAAGCUAUCUGAAUGUCUUACAAUGAAAUAUACCUGUUAGUUCUUUUUGUUGUACCACUAUUCUUUAUGUUUGAUUUUGCACAGUGUAAAUUGACAUAAUCAUAGAUUGCUAUGGUUUAGGCUGUAUGUACAGUAAAACUAUGGGUUGUAAAUGUUUGGGGAAAUUCCUAUGGAAAAAAGAGAAUGCUAUGUAGAACAACCUCUAACAAGGUUUAUGUGCAUGCCCAAGGUCUUUUUGAAAUUUCAGUGUAUAAAUUUCCUCUUAGCUUACACAAAAUAAAAAAAUAAAGUUAUAUAGUCUGUUAA